GUGGGGCCCAGGCCACGCCGCUGGGGAUGGGGAUCGGCGAGCGCCAGGGCUGGCGUCACCCGCAGACCGCGCGGGGAGGCCUCGACGCGCGCGCGCGCGUGGCCCACGAGCCCGCUGUGCUGCCAGAUGCCCCGCGGCACGGCCGCCUCGGUCGAGGCAGCGCGAUGGGCUUGCUCACGGUCGCGGCCGCGGCAGCGUCUGGGCAGCACAAGGUCUUGGCCACGGCCUUCGCGGAGGAGGUGGACAGAGUGCACAUGUCUCUGGAGUGCCCGUGCACCAUCGACAACACGCGCGGCGAGCGAGCGGAGAACAUGGGUGGCGGAGCCACCAACAUGCCGGUGCUGCAGUGCGUUUGCAAGCCGACUGGCGCCGCUGGAGCUGGAGCCCCUGGUGCAGCCCCCGCCGUGCCUCCGGUCGUCUCGAGCAACAUUGGCCAAUCCAUGCUAUUGGCAUCCACUGCGGCACCGAGUCAGGCCCUUCUGGCAACGGGGCGCGGCCCGCCGAGUACCCGCCCCGCGGCGUUCCUGUGAGGGGCGCCGGGCGCGCCCCGCCCGCCGCCCGGCGGCCGCCCCGCUGAGGCCCGGCGGUGCCCCGCCGAGAAAGGGCGCCGCGCGAGCAGAGCGCGCAGUGUCAAUGUGGUGCCGAGAGGGCUUGG